GAUAUGAAACCUACCGCGAAUGAGUCAUGCUUUUGUAUCAGUGAUACUUUAAGGGUUUUCCAGAACGUCAUUUCUUUGUAUACUAUAUCAUCAUUUUAUUUGUUUAUAUAGGAUAUAUAAUAAUAAUUAGCAAGUUUUUUUUCUUCUAUUUUUUUAAAUGUAAUAUUAAAUAUUCAAUGAUUUUAGAAUAUAUAUUUUACAAUGAAUCAAGAACAUCGUAAAAGGAUUGAUUUAUAUUGUGAUAUCAUAGUACCUAAAAUAAAUAUAAUGAAAUUAUGGCCGAAGCUAUUAGAAAAUGAGAUUUUUAACAUUGACGAUGUUAAUAUAUCAACGUGGAAAAAGAACUUUGAGAAGCAAGAAACUGUCAAAAGUAUUUUGUUAACGAUUAAAACUAGAGGACCUUCUGCAUUUCAAAAUUUGCUUUUAAGUUUACAACAAACUGAUCAUGAAGAAUUGGCAGAAAUCUUGGAUAAACAGACAGUUAUCUUUAAUAAUAAAAAUGAAGAAAUAAGUGACAAUUAUUUUUCUCAAAUAAGGGAUGCUGUGGAACCUUUACAAAUCAAAGUGAGAAAAGCUGAAGAAUUUUCAAGUGGUCCAAUUGGCAGUCUCAUUGAAACUUAUCGAAUGAGAAGUAAUCCACGUGGAUUGGUUUUAAUCAUUACUAAUAUUGAUUAUGACCCUAAUGUACAGAAACCUAGAAAGUCAGCAAUACAUGAUAAAGAGAAUCUUGAAAAAUUGUUUAAAGAUAUGGGAUUUUCUGUUGAAACGCAUUGCAAUUUGACAGGAAAGGGUAUUAUAGAACGUGUUAAAACAUUUUCACAGCGUAAAGAUUUACAAAAUGUUGACUCGUGCUUUGUAAUUAUUAGUAGUCAUGGUAAAAAAGGUGAAGAGAAUUAUACAGAAAUAGAAGGUGUAGAUUAUUAUACUGGACAUAAAUGUACGAAAGUCUUUUGUUCAGAUAUCAUAGAUUGUUUCACAUCAGAAGCUUGUCCUUAUUUAGCAGGAAAACCAAAAGUAUUUAUUUUUCAAUUAUGUCGAGGUAACAAAAGACAAACUAUUACAAAUAUACCUAAACAUGUAACAGAUUCAUGUGGCAAUCAUACAGUUAUGAACAGUACCAGUGAAAUUUUUAAAGACAAUCCAACUAGAAAUUAUUCCGAUUUCUUAGUUGCAUAUGCUACUCUACCAGGACAUGUUGCCUUUCGAAAUAACGUAACUGGUAGUUGGUUUAUACAAAUAUUUUGUGAUGUAUUUAUGAAUCAUGCUUAUAAAUAUCAUCUAUGUGAUUUAUUAACAUUAGUAGAUUCGAGACUGAAAGAAGUGAUAUAUUCAGGUGAUUGUCAAACAGUAAUGGUUGAAAUGAGAGGCUUUCAUAAAUUCUGUUACCUCAAUCCUGGUUUCUUUGAGAAUGAAAAAAAGCAAUAAUAAUUAAAAAUUAAUAGCAAUAUAUUUUAAUGUUAAGUUAUAAUGAACGUAACAAAGAAAUUAUUUAAAUAAUGUUAUCUGUAACAAACA